UUCUGUAUCGCGCGCCACUGCCAGCAAAGAGCAGACGCUGUGAAUCACUCCGGGAAAACAACACGAACUGAACAACAGCGUCCCGGAAUAAUUCAUCUUCUUACAUGAUGACUGUUGAGUGAACACUACAUGAGCGCCAUCAGCUCCUCUCUCGGACACACUGCGCUGUUUUCUGCGGACACAGUCACACCCCCCAGAGUUGUGUCAGUCACUUAUGAGAACUGCCUGAUUGACUGAGUGUGUGAGUGUGUGUGGUCCUCAGGGAUGUGUCAUGGCAUCGGUUCGGGUGGCAGUGAGGGUCCGGCCCAUGAACAGACGGGAGAAAGACCUGUCUGCCAAAUGCAUCAUCGAAAUGGAAGGCAACAAAACCACCAUCACCAACUUAAAAAUACCAGAUGGAGUGACUGGAGACUCUGUAAGGGAGAGAGGAAAGACUUUCACAUAUGAUUUCUCUUACGACUCAUCAGACUGUAAAAACGGCAGCUUUGUCUCACAAGAGAAGGUGUUUAAGGAUCUGGGCACUGAUGUGUUAAAGGCAGCAUUUGAAGGAUAUAAUGCCUGCAUCUUUGCCUAUGGCCAGACUGGAUCAGGGAAGUCGCACACCAUGAUGGGCAUCCCUGGUGACGUCGGGCUGAUCCCACGGAUCUGUGAAGGAUUAUUCAGCCAAAUUUCAGGAAUGAUUCGGAGAGAUGAAGCCUCUUUCCGUACAGAAGUCAGCUAUUUGGAGAUUUACAAUGAACGUGUGCGGGACUUGUUAAGGAGAAAGAUGGCAAAGACGUAUAACCUCAGAGUCAGAGAGCAUCCUAAAGAGGGACCCUAUGUAGAAGACCUUUCGAAGCACCUCGUGCAAAACUAUAGUGAUGUGGAGGAGCUGAUGGAGGCGGGAAACAUCAACCGCACCACUGCCAGCACCGGCAUGAACGACGCAAGCAGCCGCUCACACGCCAUCUUCACCAUCAACUUCACACAGGCUAAGUUUGAUGCUGAGAUGCCGAGUGAGACGGUCAGUAAGAUUCACCUGGUGGACCUGGCAGGAAGUGAGAGGGCCGAUGCCACAGGGGCCACUGGUGUCCGGCUCAAAGAGGGCGGCAAUAUCAACAAAUCACUGGUCACUCUGGGAAAUGUCAUCUCUGCUUUAGCUGAUCUGUCACAGGAAGGAGGGAGCAGUCAUUUGAAGAAGAAGCAGGUGUUUGUUCCUUACAGAGACUCAGUGCUCACGUGGCUCCUGAAGGACAGUCUGGGAGGAAACUCAAAGACCAUCAUGAUCGCUACUAUUUCGCCUGCGGACGUCAACUACGGCGAGACGCUGAGCACGCUGCGCUAUGCUAAUCGUGCCAAAAACAUCAUCAACAAACCCACGAUUAAUGAAGAUUCCAACGUUAGACUCAUACGAGAACUGCGGGCGGAGAUCGCUCGGCUGAAAGCGCUGCUCGCUCAGGGAAAUCAGAUAGCGCUGCUCGAUUCCCCCACAGCGUUAAGUAUGGAGGAGGAACUGCACCAUAAUGAGGCCAGGGUGUUGGAGCUGACCAAGGAAUGGACGAACAAAUGGAACGAAACACAGAACAUCCUGAAGGAGGAAACUCUGGCUCUGAGGAAGGAGGGAAUCGGAGUGAUCCUGGACUCACAGCUGCCUCAUCUCAUUGGGAUUGAUGAUGAUCUGCUCAGCACCGGCAUCAUUCUCUAUCACUUGAAGGAGGGAAGGACAUACGUUGGCCGUGAUGAUGCCACUAAUGAACAGGACAUCAUUCUUCAUGGUCUGGGUCUGGAGAGUGAGCACUGUCUGAUAGAGAACCAGAAUGGAACGGUCACUUUAAUUCCUCUCAAUGACGCUCAGUGUUCAGUCAAUGGAGUUCAGAUCACUGAGCCCUGUCCGCUCAACCAAGGUGCGGUCAUUCUCCUCGGCAGGACCAAUAUGUUCAGAUUCAAUCAUCCCAAAGAGGCGGCUAAACUUCGAGAAAAGAGAAAGAGCGGCCUCCUCACCAGUCUGAGCUUAUCCAUGUCUGAUCUGUCCAAUUCCUGUGAAAACCUCUCUACAGUCAUGCUGUAUAACCCUGGACUGGAGUUUGAAAGGCAGCAAAGAGAAGAACUGGAAAAACUGGAAAUUAAAAGGCGGCUGAUAAAGGAGAUGGAGGAGAAGCAGAAGUGUGAGAAGGCGGAGCUUGAGCGCAUGCAGCAGGAGGUGGAGUCUCAGAGGAAGGAGUCUGAGGAGGUGCAGCUGCGCAUCCGCAGACAGGAGGAGAGCCUGCACAGACGCAGUCAGGACAUCGAGAGCCGCCUCCGAGACUUGAUCGCUGAGAAAGAGAGAUUUCAGGAGGAGAGACACCGAGAGCAGAAGGAACAGGAAGAGCAGAAGCAGAGGAGACUGCAGCCGGAGCAGAAGCUGAAGGAGGAGGAGGAGGAUGAAAAGACUCAGGCCCAUCCAGAGCGAGCUGAACAAAACAAGCUCUUUCGUGAGCUGGAGCGGCUCAAACGAGAACGUGAGGAGCAGGCCGUCAAACUCCAGCUGGAACGCAGGCGUCUGGAGGAGCGAGAGAAGGAGCAGCUGAGUCUGGUUGGGCGUCUGGAGGAGCAGCUGAGGGAGCGCAGCGAGGAGGCGGCCGCCCUGCUCGCACCAGAUGAGGCACGGAGACUGGAGGAGGAGAGGAGGACGCUCACCGAGCUCAGGGAGGAGCUGCUCAGAGCCAAGGAGGCGCGGAUCGAUGGAGAGGAGGAGGACGGGGAGGAGGCACGGAGGAGCGCCCAGGCACGCUAUGAACAUUUCAAGCAGAUGCAGGUGGAGGAGCUGAGUUUGCUGGAAGAGUCACUGAUCCAGCAGAAGGAGCGACUGGAGCGGGAGGUGACCCAUGAGCGCACGUCACUCGGCCUGCUGAUGCACACGUACAAGGACAAACAGAGACAGGUCAGUGAUCUGAUGGAGCGUGGUGUUCAGGACGUGUCCUCUCUGGGUCAGGAGGAGGGUCUGAUCCAGCAGGCCGAGCACAGUCUGCAGUUUAAAGAGAGACAGCUCCAAUCUCUCUGUGAGAAACACCUCCCUGCUGUCUCAGAGGAGCGCCAGAGAGCCAUCGAGCUCCUGGACAGAGUUAGAGGAGGGACAGGGUCUCCUGCUUUGGACAGAAGUCCAGAAGAUAUGGACAAAGAGCUGGAUGAGACUCUAUAUCAGGUAGAGAAGGAGCUGGAGGAGAAGGAGGAGCGUUUGUCUCAGUACAGCGCGAGCACAGAGCAGCUGCAGCAGCUCCAGCAGUCGUACGAGUUCACAGCAAACGUGGCCCGUCAGGAGGAGAAGGUCCGCAGGAAGGAGAAGGAGAUCCUGGAGUGGAAGGAGAGACAGCAGCGGGAGGCUCUGGAGCAGGCGGUCGCACGCUUGGAGAAGAGACACUCUGCUUACCGCAGGAGCCUCAGUCUGGAGCCGGACGCCGAAGCGCCCCGAAAGAGGUCACAGAGCACUUCCAGGCUUACAGGAACACAAGACCUGGACCGGGACAGGAUGGAGCGAGAGAUCGCGCAGCUGAAGCAGAGGAUCAGUGAGAGUGAAGGAAGCGUGCGGAGUCUUAGUGUGAGCGGGGAAGAAAAAACCAAUGUGAACCAGUCCCCCGUCAGCCCCAUACAGGCCCUCCCGACUGUGCUGUCUAUAGGAGACGAGAGGGUUAAAGCGUUUAUUGAAGAAGAGGUGCAGCGGAGGAUGCAGAACCUGAAUCUUCUGAACCGGGAGAAUAACAACACACUGUCACUGUCUUCAGACUCACUGCAGGAGGAGGAGCAGGAUAGUGAGGGUAGCUCUGUGAGAUUGACAGAUGAGGACAGCGAUAAAAAACGCAUCGAUCAGCGCAAACUGAAAUACGAGCGGCUGGUGUCGAUUCCCCUGGAUCCCAGUCCAGAGAGUCUUAAAGAUCCGGUGAAGAUCAAUAUUCCCCGUUACGUCCUGUGUGGUCAGGGAAAAGAUGAACACUUUGAGUUCGAAGUCAAGAUCACUGUUUUGGAUGAAACGUGGACGGUGUUCAGAAGAUACAGUCGUUUUCGGGAGAUGCACAAAUCUCUGAAGCUGAAAUAUCCAGAGCUCGCGGCUUUGGUCUUCCCUCCCAAAAAGAUUUUUGGAAACCGAGACGAGAGAAUGGUUGCGGAGCGCCGGAAUCUGCUGGAGCAAUACCUGCGGAACUUCUUCCGCGUGAUGAUGUCACCCUCCUCCUCUUCUCCUCUGAGAACAGACGAGUUCGGACUGCACCUCUCGAAACACGCCGUGUGCAGCAUCUCUCCUUUCUUUAAGAAGGGAGUGUUUGACUACAGCAGUCACGGGACGGGCUGAUACACACACACA